UGCCUGCGCUGCCUGAUCAAGAUUCUUCCUUGACUGAUACUGUCACACCCUUAACAGAAGAGACUGGGAUAUCCACCAGGUCAGAAAUGCUUAUGGGAUGAGCUUUGAAGUGCUGCUUUUGAAGCUUCAGUGACUGCCAUAUUUGCUUAAAGUAGCUAUACCAUUUGCAUUUCACUGACAAAAUAUUUCAUACUUCCCAUCCAUAGUUAUAAUAAUAUUUGCUUGUGCGUUGUAUAUCUUAAUACUCUCUACCAUCAGCUGAAUCAGCAUAUGCCUCUGCAACCACUGGAGUAGUGUUGAAAGUGAUGGCUUUGAACUAACGCAUACCAUGACAUGCUGGCUUAAUUUAAGAGCUUUUGAAGAUCUUAGAAGAGAGCAUGCUGUGUAUAUAUUCUGGCGGAUAAACCUUAUUACACUGGAUGUUUCUAACAGUAGUCAAGGGCAGCUGAGUGUCCAUGUGGUGAGUGGAGAGCCGGCUGAAGCUUACCAACCAUUUUGCGAUGAAUCCUCUUCUGAGGAAGAAAAGGGUGCCGACCCGGACGUUGAAAAGGAUGACUUGUUUACACGUAAACUGAACACAGUGUUACCAGGGAAAGGUGUUGCUUUUGAUAGAUUCCUACCAAAGAAUUGGACCCCAAAGGAAGCAGAACAGUGGAGACAGAUACAGUUGGGUUCUCGAAGCAGACCAUGGUAUAAAGAGCUUCAGUACAUCAGAAGGAAACCAUCUGAGUUGCAAGAGGAUUUCACUAUUAAGCAAGCUAGCACUGAAAAAAGACAGGAGCCCGACACUGAAAGUUGCUGUAGGGGUGAUUCACGGCUUAACACACAAACUAUAAAACCCGCAGCAGCUAUGUCCCAAGAACGAGCAGGAGAUGUCACUCGUACUUUAAAAGAACAAAGCCUAUUUCCACUACGUCAAGUUCUAGAUGCAAGUCCUACUUAUUCCGAAUUGGCAGACUUCUCGGUCUCCAGACCAAAGAUCAAUCCAGCUGCAGGUCCUAGAGUUCUAACACGGAAACACAAUUCCUUCCUCACCCAGCAGAGCCUCUUUGCCAAGCAGGAAGAGGUGGCUGAUAAGGACGUUGAACCAGAUUUGGCAAACGAUGAUAUGUUCAGCCGUAAAACUGGUGCCUUCCACGCGAAUCCUGACCUGAUGCCUUUGUGCAGUGAGGAUCGGAGCAGUGCUGGAUCUAAUGAUUCGGUUGAGCGGCUGGUUGCACAGGACAGAAGAGACAAAACUAUAAUUCCGGAUCCUGAAAAAGAUGAUGUGAUUAUUAGGAAAGAACGCUUUUCACAAACAAAGCAAUUAUUGCCUUCGGGUGCUCCAGACGUGUACAAUCCUGUCCCUUUUCCAGAUCCAUGGAGCUUGCCAGAGUCACUCCGCUCCAGAUUCCUUUGUCCACCUGACCAAGUCUUAGAAGAAGAAGUGGAAAACUCUGACGAAGCAUCGCCAUGUCCAGUCAAGGAUGACAUGCAUUCUCGGAGAAUGGCCUUUUCCCAAGCUAAUCAAACAGUAUGCUGUAGAAACUUUGCUCCUGGCUCAUGUACUGAGGAGGACACGAAGAAGUGGGAGACUAUAAGGGAGGCCAGCAGAUUAAGAUUCAAGAAGCGGCAGUUGGUUGAGAGGUCAGGGGGUGUUGUAACUAUAAAUGUGCGCUCCAUCAAUGUUUCUGAGCCGAAUGUGACAAGUCCCUGUAAUACUGACUAAAUCAUGCAUGAAGAGUGGGCGUGUGGAGUUUCUGUAAUGUUGACUUGUUCUCAUAUGAAGUGUUUUGUAUCGGUUUCUUCCACUUAUCCUUUCAUGACCUAAUAUGACGUGAUACUUUAUCAAACAUCUAAUGACCAUUAUUGGUCUGGGAUGAAUGCUUCAAACCUUAGAACACCAGGCCGCAAUAUUGUUGACCCUUGGUCAUUGUUAUGAUUGGCAACAGCCAGCUCCGUAAGGAAUAAUAAAAAAGAUAAAUAAAUGAAAUGCUCUUUUUAUGUACACUGGCACAGUGACGAUUUUCCAUGGUGUAGUGGGUAGUUGCAGAAUUUAAAUAUAAGGAUUCCUUUUGUCAUGCCACAGUUGCAGAAACUGAAUUGGGGGAAAUUAACAUGUGCACCUACUAAACUCAUCCUUUGUGUAGAACGCAAAUAUUAACUAAAACGAAAGUAGGCAUCUUUCGUAUACUAUUGAAGUGCCAU